UGACAAAAGUGAAAAUGAUAAAUAAUCAAUGCAGGAGGACAUCUUAAAGUAUUAGAGACAGGUGUCAGUUUUCAGUUGAUGCUGAUGCUGCAGACUGGCGCGAGAGGGGAGGGGGCGAUGCCGUGACGUCACGCGGGAGAGCCGAGGGACCGGAGGAGGAGAGAUGCGAGGACAGGGGAAGACCGGAGGAGCACGAUAAAAACUGAGAAAGCACGGAAAAACGUGAAACGUUAAACAGCGGCGUCAACAUGAUGCCGGCGUCCUUCCGUCUGCUGUUUGCAAGCCAGUAAUGCAUGAAGAGCAUCCCGGAUAAAGUGUGAGCAGAAUGUCAUCUCCUGGAAUGGGCACCCCGAGCGACCCCCUGCUGUCCAGUCCUGUAGGGGGGAAGUUUGGGACUGCUCAGGAAGGCACCUGGAGACCCACUCUGUCCAAAACGUCCAGUUUCCCAUCGUCCACCACACGGCACCUCAGUCACAGAGCCAACAACUUCCAGAGGCACCCGAAGCGACGGAAACUGAUCAGGCCGUCUCCGCCGCCGCCGCCGAACACGCCGUGUCCCCUGGAACAACUCGACCUGAGCGAACUUCCUCCGAGACGCACUUUCCCCGAGCUUCUCUUCAAUGGCUGCAUUUUGUUUGGGAUCGAGUUCAGCUACGCGAUGGAAACGGCGUACGUCACGCCUGUGCUACUUCAGAUGGGGUUGCCCGACCAGUUCUACAGUCUUGUGUGGUUCAUCAGUCCAAUUUUAGGAUUUUUACUACAACCAAUUCUUGGGGCAUGGAGUGACCGAUGUACGUCUCGCUUUGGUCGCAGGAGACCUUUUAUUUUUGCCCUGGCAAUAGGGGCUCUGCUGGGUCUAACGUUGGUGCUGAAUGGACGGGACAUUGGAUCGGCUGUGGCGGACACCACCCUGGAUCACAAGUGGGGCAUCGUGCUGACAGUGUGCGGCGUGGUUCUGAUGGACUUCAGUGCCGACUCAGCGGACAACCCCAGUCAUGCGUACAUGAUGGAUGUGUGUAGCCCAGAGGACCAGGACCGAGGCCUAAAUAUACACGCUCUUCUGGCAGGUCUUGGCGGUGGCUUCGGGUACAUUGUGGGUGGCAUUAACUGGGACAAAACUGAGUUCGGAAGGUCGAUGGGUGGCCAGCUCCGGGUCAUAUACCUGUUCACCAGCAUCACCCUCGCUGCCACCACGGCCAUGACCCUCACCAGUAUCCCAGAGCGAACUCUACCCCAGUCCCAGGCUCAAACCAGGACCACCCGCAACCUUAAGAGCCCCAAUCUUCCUUUGCCGCCCUCCCCACCUCCUCCUCCUGGAGCUUCUGCGGACCAGGACGACGAGGAUGAGGACGAAGCCCUUUAUAACAGCCAGUUCGCCAAUUGCCGCUACCAGGAUCCACUGGGCCGCUCGAGUAGCGCCAACGCACGUCUCUACGCAGGCCUCACCAGCCCCAUUUCCCCUCUGAGUCCUCUGACGCCCAAAUACGGCAGCUUCAUCAGUCGGGAUAACUCGCUCACGGGCAUUAAUGAGUUUGCUUCCUCCUUAGGCACCUCCUACAUAGACAGAGUAUUGAUUGAAUGCUACACCGGACAGCAGACUCCAUUAGAACCUGAGGUGGUGGCUCCGCCUCUUCCUCCUGGGGACACGUCCCCUCCUCCUCAAAGUCAAACGCCUGCCGUAAAUGAAGUUGCCCAGCAAAACAAACUCUCCCAGCCUAAUGGAGAGCUGUUGGCGAUUGAAGCGCUGCAAGCUAAUGAGCAAAAGCAAGCCAUUGAACCUGCUGACCAGCCUAAUGAGGGCCAACAGGCUGCGUUGGGAUCACAGAGAGGCAGUGCCUCAGGGAUACUGAAGCGCCCCCAGAGUCUGGCCUUAAUGGAGGACCCGCUGAUUGCUCCGAGUGGUGGUUUGGACAAUGGUCGUAGACGCACUGUCACCUUCAGUCAACAGGUGGCAAAUAUACUGCUGAAUGGUAUGCGUUAUGACAGUGACCUCAGUGACAACCAUGAAGCAGCAGACUCUCAAAUGUCAAUAAAGCUGCUCUGUACCGCCAUCUACAGGAUGCCUCCAUGUUUACGAAGCCUGUGCACCAACCAUUUCCUGGGUUGGUUAUCGUUCGAGGGGAUGCUGCUCUUUUACACAGACUUUAUGGGGGAGGUUGUGUUUGGUGGCGACCCAAAGGCCCACCACGAUUCAGAGGAGUACAAGCGCUACAAUUCAGGCAUCACCAUGGGCUGCUGGGGGAUGUGCAUCUAUGCAUUUAGUGCUGCUUUUUAUUCAGCCAUUCUUGAGAAGCUGGAGGAGCGGUUCUCAUUGCGUUCUCUGUAUUUUUUCGCCUAUCUGGCCUUUGGUUUGGGCACAGGGCUGGCCACUCUCUCCACCAACCUGUACGUGGUGCUGUCUCUCUGCGUCACCUACGGCGUUCUCUUCUCUUCUCUCUGUACGCUGCCUUACUCUCUGCUCUGUGAAUACUACCAGAGCCCGCAGCUGUUUUGGCGGAUGGCUGCUGCUAACGGUUCGAUAGAAAUGGUGAAUAAUGAGGGAGAGAGUGGGCAUCCUUGUCUAGUCCCGCGGUGCAGUGUGAAGCUACGUGAUGUUAGUCCAUUAGUGAUGACAGUGACUGAAGUUCUGCGGCUCAUCAGAGGACGGGACCAGGCGUGGUAUGGGGGUGGACAUCUCCCUGCUCAGCUGUCAGUACUUCCUGGCACAGAUCCUGGUUUCGGUGGCGAUGGGCCCUCUGACAUCGCUGGUGGGUGGGGCCCAGGGCGUGAUGUACUUUGCGAGUCUGAUGUCAUUUGUGGGGUGCCUGUACUCCUCACUGUGUGUGGUGUACCAUCUGCCACCACCGAGGGUGAGCCUCCCAGAUUCUGCGGCUCAUCAGAGGACGGGACCAGGCGUGGUAUGGGGGUGGACAUCUCCCUGCUCAGCUGUCAGUACUUCCUGGCACAGAUCCUGGUUUCGGUGGCGAUGGGCCCUCUGACAUCGCUGGUGGGUGGGGCCCAGGGCGUGAUGUACUUUGCGAGUCUGAUGUCAUUUGUGGGGUGCCUGUACUCCUCACUGUGUGUGGUGUACCAUCUGCCACCACCGAGGGUGAGCCUCCCAGAGUGA